CAGUGGCUGCCUUCAUUGCAGAAGUUGUUUGCCACGUAGUUGGCAUUCCAACAUGUAUUUAAUUUAAUGUAGCAUAUUUUUUUCACUUUAAACUCAGCCUUUAUUUCUUUUUUGUUAGCUAAUAAGUUAUUGUUUAUCAAUAUGAUUAUUUUUUCAAUUUGUUCGAUAUUACCUUCCCUGUUUGUGUUUGUCACUGGGGGCAAACUGCCCGAGCCAGAGGUGAAAAUAGAAGUUUUACACAAACCCUUUAUGUGUUACCGUAAGUCAAAAUAUGGAGACAUGAUUCUCGUUCAUUACGAUGGAUACUUGGAGAGCAAUGGCACCAUGUUUCACUCAAGUCGCAGGGAUGGGGAUAAAAAUCCAGUUUGGUUCACCCUUGGGAUCAAAGAAGUGAUCAAAGGUUGGGAUAAGGGUCUCAAAGACAUGUGCACAGGAGAACGCAGGAAACUGACAGUCCCACCAUCUCUGGCAUAUGGCAAGGAAGGAAAAGGCAAGAUACCACCAAGUAGUACCCUCAUUUUUGACAUCGAGCUCAUGGAUAUCCAGAAUGGUCCGAGAUCACAUGAUUCUUUCAGGGAGAUGGAUCUAAAUGAUGACUGGAAGCUCUCCAAGGAAGAGGUGAAGGAGUACCUGAGGAAAGAAUUCCAGAAGCAUGGAUACUCACCUAAUGAUACACAUCAUGAGGUGAUGGUGGAUGACAUCUUCAAAAAUGAGGAUGAAGAUAAAGAUGGUUUUAUAUCGGCAAGGGAAUUUACCUACCAGCAUGAUGAGCUCUGAUUUCAGCUGAAUGUUUUAAGCUCCUAGAGUUUUUUGUUUCCAGAAAUUUCACCAAGACAUGACAAGAAUUUAGUCAUUAUGUAUUGGUCAGUGGGAUGUUGUUACAUGAACUGCAACACUUGAAUACACCUGCUCUGUUUAAAGAAAAAUAAUUGAAUGGAAUUAGUAUCCAUACAUUUUAUAUCUCCUCCUUCAUGCACUGACAGUAUCACCGUAGAUGUAUUAAGGUAGUAAUGUCUACUUCUUUUUAAAUAAAUGUAUUUGAUUAUAUUGAUAAACAUAACAGAAAGUUUG